AUGGACUCUGAAAUUAUUAGACUUACUGGACUCAUUCUAUUUUAUUUCUGUACAGCACUGUUGGCUGCCGACGAUUGCACAUACCAGGCAUGUUUCUGUGAAGGGACACAGAUCAUUUGCCAAGAUCGUGGUUUGUCAGCCAUCCCACCAAUUGUUGGAACAGGCCCAGACAAUCCAGAGCUAAUGUUUGACACAAACAACAUAAUGGCAAUACAAGCUGGGAGCCUGCCUAAACAUUUGAAACGUUUCACUGCAUUUGACAAUCCUCUAACUACAAUAGAUAGUUCAGCAUUCGUUGAUUCAGAGUCAACCCUAGAAGUCCUACAACUAUCUAACUUUCGUUUCACUCGUUUUCCGGACGCUUUCAUGAACUUAACACACCUGAAAUAUAUCACGAUGUACGAUGCCAACAUUUUGGACUGGAAUGCGAAAGUAAUGAAAAAUAUUGGGCCCGGUGUUUUAUCUCUGGAUCUUCAGAACAUGGGCAUCGUUGCUUGGCCUGACUGGAUACAGUUCUUCAGAAGUCUCAUAACGUUAAGUCUAGACGAUGGAGGCAUUGAUUCGCUUCCAGACAACGCCCUGGAUAUGCUUGCAAACAGUCUGACUACCUUAUCUAUGAACAAUAACAGUUUGACAGCUAUCCCUAAGGCAGUGUCCAGACUGAAAGCUUUGCAAAUUCUGACACUUUACCAUAAUAAAAUAAUUGAUAUAGCGUGGUUACCUCACUCAAGUAACAUAACAAGUCUAGGGCUCAGCUAUAACAGACUCUUCAAUGCGACUCAGUUGAGUCUUUCACUACGACCAUUAGCUGGGUCAUUGAAUCAAAUCAACUUAGUUGGGAACCGAUUCACAGAAAUUCCAGAUUUGUCCUUCCUGAAACAUGUAAGUGGUCUGGAUUUCUCUUAUAACCAGCUUUCAGAUUCACAAGCCGGCCCACUACCUUCCAAUAUUUUCAACCUGAAUUUGGAAUACAACUAUCUGAGGAGAAUCCCAGGAGUUUUCUCAAAGUUGCCUACCGUGAUGGAGUUGAUGAUGACAACAAAUGUUGUAACAGAAAUCCAGGCAUCAGACUUUUCCCCUUGGAUAGCAACAGUCGAUCUCUCUUUUAACAAAAUAAUGGAAUUAACGGACACUAGUUUUCCUCAAAAUUCCACCAUAACCACUCUGAACUUAAACAACAACCCAAUAGCCACAAUUUCUCAAAAUGUUUUCAAUAAUCUGUUACGAUUAGGUGAGCUAAACAUGAAGAAUACCAAGAUAGCUCGUCUACCUGUUGCGUUAUCUGUUCUUACCAAUGUUAAUUUCUUUGAAGUAGAUGGUAGCCCUUACCUGGUAUGUACAUGUAUGGAGAAGAGCUUGGCUCAGUGGAUCUUGAGUAGACCUAACAUGCCAGAUGGUUAUUGUGGCUUGUCCACUAUACGUAAUUUCUAUUUUACUCUUAGCCAGUACUGUCCAUAG